GCGUACGUCACGUUUCGAAAUCGAAUAAAUUUACACUAGGGACUCUGAUUCUCACAAAUCCUGGUGAUUUUGCGUUCUUGCUUUCUUAACUCAGAAUCACUAGCAUAUUCAGUCCUGAUGCUAAAAAAUGUCACAUAAAUGUGCAUGAAAAUGCUAGUUUGCACACUGAAACGUGUCAUAAUGAAACGGUCAUUUUGGAACAGAGCUUACCUUUCAUAAAAUUUAAAGUUUUUGUACUUUAAAAAUUCAGUCACUUUUAUAACUAAAUAUUCGUGAUAAACAAAAGUAUGUAAAGUAUAACUAAUUAACUUUAUUCGUAAGCAUGUAGUUUGUAUGGCUUAUAGGCGAAGACCUGUGAUAAGUGUGAUAUGUAUCGGUAUAUAAAUUCUGUAAGAAUGAUCAUUAUUGACGUUAGGCUUUUAUAAAGUUGAGAUUAAUGUGAUGAAAUCGCUCACCAAGAUGUCCACUGCUCUCAAGUUAAUUUGCCAGACGACGCAGACUGCUGUCCGCGUUUGCACCAGCGCACCGAGUUUGCGAGCUCCUUCCUUUUAGGUACGAUUCUGAACAUAUCUAACGACUGUUAUAUCUCAAAUUGUAAAUUUAAUUUUCUCAUUAUUUUUGCAAAUUUUACUACUAAUAUUGGUUCUCAAGAGUCCAUGUAUGACUGUCAAAAUAAAAAAAAUUAAGUGGUGUUCAGUGAAAAAUGGUACAUUUUGCUAAAACUUCUUGUGAAGACGAGCAUCUAAGAAAAUUCUACACGUCGUCUUGGCAACAAAGUGAUUCGCCUUUAGCAAUGCUAAUUUUGCGGGCCUUGGAGUCUACUUUGGCACUGGGGAUAUUAUUGUGGUCUUUGAUUGAAGCUGCGGUGCCUCAAUGGCUCGUCUAUUUAACUACUUGGGGUAUAAUACUGGUUUUCGCUAUGGGAGCCAGCGGCCUUUUUGUAUCAAUAUGUGCAUUGAAAAAGAAGCUACCGGAGGUAGGCAAGCCACCGUGGUACGUAACGAUGUACUGGGUACUUUAUAACAUAUCCGUCACUUUGGCGAUCGUUGUCACCAUGCUUUAUUGGAGAUUGCUAUCCAAAAAUGCUAGUAAAUACAGUAUUCAUGAUCGAUAUUUCUGGUUGGAAACUUCAUUGCAUGGCUUUAAUGCCGUGUUAGUUCUGAUCGAGCUAUUAGCAUCUCGGACUCCAGUGCGUUUAGCACACAUAUACCAGCCUCUCCUUUUAGGUGUCGUGUACACUGUAUUUUCCAAAAUAUAUCAGAAAGCUGGAGGCACUGGCGCAGAUGGUGAGCCCUAUAUCUACAAGUUCCUGGACUGGAGUGAGCCGCAGGUCUCAUUCACGACGACAAUUGGUACUGCAAUAAUAACUAUAUUUGUAUACGUUUUCCUGUGGGCAUUCGCUUUUGCCCGUGACGUGCUGAGUCGUAUUUGCUGCUCAACUAGACACAGGACAACUGAACACAGUGUACUUAUUUAAAUAGCAUCCAACAGAAACUGAAUUCGAACAAGUUAAGUGAUCUUAGUUAUUCAUUGGAUACUUCAUAAUAACCAUAAUUGUUUUCAAUUAUGUUAAUUUUUACUUUUAGACGAAAUAUUUCUUAAAAGUAAUAAGUUUUUGUACCUGUCGUUAUCAUUAUAAUAAAAAUAAUUUUCAGUUGU